AGUUCUGAUGAUGAUAAUUGGUUGAUUUCCUUCCUCCCUCGUAGUGUUUAGUUUCGCACCAAAGAUUGAAACUUUUAAUGGAUUUUUAAGACAAAGAACGCAAAAAGAUCCAAAACUGGAAUUUUGAACCACUCAACCGACCUCGAUAAAGAGCUUGGACAGCUCUUUCUUUCUUUCUUUCAUGGCGAAAACCUGAAAUCCUUAUAUAUCAAUCACCAUGGCCUCUGUAGCAACAUGUUUCGCUGUAACGGCUAGGACCCGCCUGGCUUCUCAUCGCGCCUUCUCUGUGAAACCAUCUCUCAGUAAAACUCUGCAUUUUCAGUCUCCGAGCCUCCAAACUUCGGUUCUGCUUCGAAAUGCCUGCAAAUAUCAAAGCCCUAGAGUUGUCCUCCCUGUAGUUAGAGCAAGUAUUGAUAUUCCUGCGGGAAUUAAACCUGGAAAUGUUGUUGAGACUGAUAAAUUGCCGUCCGAUGUUCGAAAUCGAGCAAUGGAGGCCGUUGAUUCGUUUGGAGGUAGAGUUACUAUUGGAGAUGUUGCAAGUAAGGCGGGACUUAAAUUGAAUGAAGCUCAGAAAGCGUUGCAGGCGCUUGCCGCUGAUACUGGUGGAUUUCUGGAGGUUUCAGAUGAAGGUGAUGUUCUUUAUGUUUUUCCAAGGGAUUAUCGCUCGAAGCUUGCAGCUAAAUCUUUCAGGAUGAGGAUUGAACCUGUGCUUGAAAAAGCAAAGUCUGCAGCUGAAUAUUUAAUAAGGGUUUCAUUUGGGACAGCUCUAGUUGCAUCAAUAGUUCUUGUUUACACCACAAUUAUUGCUCUGCUAUCAAGCCGAAGUGAAGAAGACAGUCGUGGAAGGCGUGGCACCAGAUCCUAUGAUUCAGGUUUCACAUUCUUUUUUGGUCCAUCUGAUUUGUUUUGGUAUUGGGAUCCAUAUUACUACAGGAGGCGGCGCAUAAGAACUGAUGAGGAUGGGAUGAAUUUCAUUGAAUCUGUUUUCUCAUUUGUAUUUGGUGAUGGAGAUCCAAAUCAAGGAAUUGAAGAAGAGAGGUGGAAGUUGAUUGGACAAUACAUAGCUUCGAAUGGCGGUGUUGUCACAGCAGAGGAGCUUGCUCCUUAUCUUGAUGUGCUGCCAACAGAUGAAAUGAAUGAUGAGUCAUACAUUUUGCCUGUAUUAUUACGUUUUGAUGGACAACCGGAAGUAGAUGAAGAGGGAAACAUUCUCUACCGAUUCCCAUCACUUCAGAGAACAGCUUCUUCUCAGAGGAGUGGAAAGAAAGAAUACGUUGGGAAAAGAUGGGCUGAUUGGGUUGGAGGGGUUGAGAAAUUUUUCAAGGAGAAGAUAUGGCGAUUCAGUAACACAGGGACCUCAGAGAGGGCAAUGGUUAUAGGAUUGGGUGGACUAAAUCUUUUUGGAGUUAUUAUUCUUGGUACCAUGUUAAAAAAUACUGCAGUUACACAGAGUGGGUUUAUUUCAUUUGUCACCAACAUAUUUCCUCUACUUCAGAUUUAUGCUGCUUCUUUCUUUGCAAUUCCCCUUUUCCGCUGGUUUCUCCUUCGCAAGACAAAUGCUGAAAUAGAGAAGAGGAAUCAGGCAAGGGAACAGCGAGCUCGGGCACUGGAGGUGCCAGAUUUGUCCCUGAGGCGAAAGCUUCUAAGUGCUCGAGACAUGGCUCAACGAACUGUCAUUGGGCCAGACCGCAUUGUGUAUAGCACUGACAAGGAUUUUUAUGAACAAGACUAUGAAGCCCGAGAAUGGGACCGGAGAUUUCGGGAGCUUGAGAAAUGGGAUUGAGAAGACCCUUGGUACAACCAUUGAUCAUGUACAACAGGAGGAAUAGGGUAGCUUAUCAGAAAAGAAAAUUAGCACUGCAGGCUUGGAAUCCAGUUUCUCUCAGAGAGGUUUGCUGUAUCUAUUGUACAUUAUUUUUGGCACAUGCAUUACAUUGCAACCAACAGGUUGGAAUUGGCAGUGGGAAGAUGCCAGUUGUAACAUGUUUAUUUAUUGCUUUAUACACAGACCCAUAUCUAAGUACGCUUUAUCCUUUGAUUCAAUAGCAAUCAUUGUUUAUUAUAAACCACCUCAAAUGAGAAACAGGAAUUGUUAUUUAAUA